CGUGGUGAUACUUUUUUAAAUAGUAUUAUAGAAGAAGAAAGAGGUUACAAAUACAUAUCACCAACAAUGCAAAACGAAAUUAUUUGUAUUUGUGAUAAAUUAAUUUUAAAAGAAAUAGUUGGGAAAGUAAAUGCUGCUGAGAGGUUUGCUGUUUUAGCUGAUGAAACAACAGAUAUUGCUACAAAAGAACAACUGACAUUAUGCGUUCGUUUUAUAGACAACAACAAUAUGGUUAAUGAAAGUUUUCUUCAAUUUGUUAUUAUUCACAGUUUAACGGGAAAUGACCUGGCAUCUGCUAUAAUAAAUGGUUUAAAAAGUUGUGGUAUUAAUUGUGAAUAUUUAAUUGGACAAGGGUAUGAUGGUGCAUCAAAUAUGAGUGGAAAAUACAAAGGAGUCCAAGCAAUAGUUAGAGAAGAAUAUCCUAAAGCCAUAUAUGUCCAUUGUGCUGCACACACAUUAAAUUUAGCAGUUUCAAAAGCAUCAAAUAUUCAACCAAUUAGAAAUUGUCUCAGUAUUAUUGAAAAACUUUACGACUUUUUUAAUACCCCAAAACGUAACAAUGUGCUUUUGAAUUGUAUUAAAAAUGCAAAUGAAACACCAAAUGCUAAAACAUUGAAGAGGCUAUGUGCUACGCGUUGGAUACAAAGAUAUGAUGCUGUCAAUGAUUUUGCUGAACUGUUUCCAUUUGUCAUGGAUGCUUUAGACAAUAUUUCAAUUUCUCAUGACUUAUCAGGAACAGAUGCCUCUAUACUGUCUAAAUCAAUUGACUCGGAAUUUAUUAUAUCACUUCAAGUUGUUAAAUUAUUGUUUUCGUAUGGCUUACCUUUGUGUAAGCAAUUACAAAAAAUAAGGAUUGAUCUGAAAGAAGCAGUGGAACUUUCUAAUGAUGUUAUAAAGAAUUUAGAACUAAUAAGGGCCAACGCAGAAGAAGAGUUCCAUAAACUAUUUUUACAGGCUGAAGUUAUGGCUUCUGUAUUUGAACUUGAACUAGCUGUAAAAAGAAUUACAAAAAGGCAAGCAAAUAGAGGAAAUCCUUGUUCAGAUAAUGCAAAUUUAGAUGUUGAAGAAUACUAUAGGAUUACAAUUUUUAUUCCAUAUUUAGAGUUUUUUAUAAGCGAGUUGACUGAAAGAUUUUUAUCCCAUGCAUCUAUUUUUAAUGGUAGCUAUUUAAUUAUUAUAAAAUUGUAAUUUCUUUGCACUUUGAUUUGAAAA